GUCUACCACUGCACCGCCCAGCCUUUGGAGUGGAACCUGAACUCCGAGCGUAAGGACGAUAUGGGGUACAUGAAGCUGAUCGUGGACAAGGAAGAGAAGGAGAAGGUGGUUGGUGUACACAUCCUCGGCCCCAACGCCGGGGAGAUCAUUCAAGGCCUGAGCGUGGCCAUCCGCUGCGGUGUCACGAAGGAACACUUCGAUGACUGCGUGGGAAUCCACCCAACCUAUGCCGAGUCGUACACCACGAUGACUGAAGAGAAGACGGAAGGUUCAGCCCUUCCCACCAAGGGAGGCUGCUGA